AUGGCGCCGAGAUCUCUUCGUUCCUGGUGGCAUUCGCUGCGGCGUUCUCAACCUACGAGUCACGAUGCUAGUAUAUUACUCCCCACUGAAGCUGCUCCUUCAGUUUCCCUGCAUGCAGUCGUCCCCACACAGGCUUCAGGCGAUUGCUUAGAUCCUGCAGAGGCCAAAAAGCAGAUUGAUCACAUCCCUUCUCAAACCCCGAGUGGCAAUGCUGUCGCCCCUACACGGGCUUCAAACUAUCGCUUAGAUCCUACUGAGGCCAAAGAGCAGAUUGAUCGCAUCCCUCGUUUUCGCAUUCUUGUCAUGGGCAGAGCAAAUGCGGGUAAAACAACUAUUUUACAGCGGGUCUGUAACACUAUGGACCAACCUGAGAUCUUCGACGGAGAGGGAAAGAAGGUUGAUACUGGGGUGGUGCAGGGUUCACUGAAGCGUGGUUACCAUAACAUUGAGGAUGAGCUAGUGUUUAAAAGUAACAUGCACUUUGUGUUCCAUGACUCAUGUGGAUUCGAGGCGGGGAGCGAGGCGGAGUUUGAUAGAAUGAAGAAAUUCGUCACAUAUCAUGCCAAGGCCACCAAACUGGAGAGGAGAAUACAUGCAAUUUGGUAUUGCAUUCCUUUGAAUGAAAGCUGUAGGAUGGUAACAGCAGCUGAAAAGAAGUUCUUUAAUGAGUGUGAUUCAGGGCACGUUCCUGUGAUUGUGUUACUAACAAAGGCAGAUACCUUAAACCUUGAUGCAAUUGAUGAGCUUAUGGAAAGGGGUUUUACUGAAGAUGAUGCAAUGAAAGAGGCACCAGAGGUAGAAAAACAGCUGCAAAAGGGCUGUCUGGAAAAGAUCAAAGGGUGGCUGAAUGAAAUGAAGUUUCCACCUCAAAGCUACCUGAUGGUCACUGGCAUGGAACAGGAGAGUGCAGAUUGUGAAGAGCUAUUGAAGUGCACAGCAAAUGCUUUGACAGAGGAAGGGCUGCAAGGACUACUUAUGUCAUCACAGCAGUCAAACUUGGGACUCUGCAUUGAAUUUGCCAUAAUGAAGACAUUGAAGAGGGUCAUGAACCAGGUGGUUGAACAGGUUGAACUGGACAAGUUAGCAAAUGACCUUUCAACAUGGUUCCCAUUUGUAAGCAACCAGAGUGUUGGAGGAUUGGGUGGCUAA